ACAAUGGUUGUUACGUACGACGUCAUUCUACUGAUCUGAUAAACAAAUCUUCCGCAAUUCCUCUUGCACUGCAGUGUCAACAGAAAAAAAUCCAAGCACACACAGGACCAUUCCUAUGAUUUAUUGUGUGAUACAAAUCAUCAAACGAGCCAGAUUUGGGUUCCUUUACAAAAGAUGGAAGAUGAACCGGAUUUGAUUUUUAUAGGAGCUUCUCUGUUAGUGCUAGUUGUAUCUUCGAUAUUGUUUAUAGUUGGACUUUCGACGCCUUACUUCAGUGAGACAAUUGGUGUUAAAUAUAAAACCUACAGCGGGUUAUGGAAACAUUGCCUUGACUACGUUGGUGAUCGUGGAGUAGAAUGUGAGGAAACAGUCAAUAAAGUAACAAAAGAAAAAGAUGAGUUAAAAGUAUGUAAGUCUAUGCUUAUACUUGGACUCCUUUCUAUCCUAGCAUCGAUAUUUUGUGUUGCAUUCAGUUUGUGUCUACGAUGCAAGCCUACUGAAAGAAGAAUAUUACGAAUUUUUGGAAUCGUAAUUACUUUAGUUGCUGUGGUGUGUAUUUCCAUAGGAGUCGCUUUGUAUCCAAAUAUUGCACGUGAAAUAGCUGACUCAUUAACUGAACCAUUUUAUGGUUCCUCAUAUACAUUAUGCGUAAUAGCAAUGUGUCUGACUGGUUUAGCCGCUAUCUUCCAGAUAAUGGACCUCAUUUAUAGAUUGUGUGUGCUGGAAAGGAAGAGGAAUCGUCAGCCACUAAUUUCACAUAACUAACAUUAUCGGAUGGUUCUUUUGUGUUAAAUAAGUUAAAUUAUUCUCUUUGAUCAUAAUAAAGUGUCACAAACUUUUGUCAGCCUGAAUAACAAUGUAUGAAUCGGUUAUGAUCUUGCUUUGGGGUAAAAAUUUCCACAUUUAUUCAAUAAAUGAAAGGCAAAUUUAAGCUUUAA